AUGACUGCGUCGUCCGGUGUGACAUCAGCUCCCGAAUGCCUCGAGAAAUUUGCACAACUGAAGAUGUCCAAAUCGCUGAAGUACAUUUUGUUCAAAUUGAACGAUACCCGAACGCAGAUCGUCGUUGAUAAGACUUCGGAAAAUCCUGACUACGAUGAAUUUCUGGACAACUUGCCUGGCGAUGGUUGCAAAUGGGCCGUCUACGACUUCCACUAUACGUUGGAAGAUGGGUCGCAGAGGAACAAGCUCUGCUUCUUCUCCUGGUCACCAGACAAUGCACCCAUUCGGGCAAAGAUGGUCCACGCAUCCUCAAAGGAUGCACUACGGAGGUCGCUAGACGGGAUUGGUGUGGAGAUUCAGGGAACGGACCCAACGGAGGUUGCAUAUGAAACCGUCCUCGACAGGGUGAAGCGCUUCAGCCGAUAG